AUUUUGCGUGAGACGGAAAAGGAUACGAAGAAUUUCUUGGGGUUCUAUUCGUCUCAGCGAAUGAAGGAUUGGCAGGUGAUCUCUCCACUCUUCUUUAGUCACUUUUAUCAAUAUUUUCCGAAAAAGAACUUAUCUCCUCUUUUUACAUCUUUCUCAUUUACCUCGGAAUAUCACAAUAUUUUUGGAUAUAAAAAUUUCAAAAAUGAAUCUUCUUUAGGAAAUAGACUCUUUAUACAAGAAGAACAAUGUGUAUCUGGCCGAAUCCGCUCAGGUCAUACUGGUUUUUCGCAGGUAUUGCAACGACUCGUCCAGUAUGAGAUUCCUGGCUUGAAAAAGCAAAUAACCAAAGCAGAGCAAGCACUUACGGACAGUGUGAAAAAAGAGAAAGAUUACUUGAAACAAGCAGACGAUGGGCGGAAACUAUACGAGAAAGAGCUGAGUCGCAUAGGAAUUCGGGGUCACGCUCUUCGAGCUGAAUUGCUAGCUCUAGCUGCCGAUCUUCCAUCUUUCUUUGCCCAAGUUACUGAUGACAUAAUACAUCUCAAAGAAGCACGCGAUUACUACCUCCAUUUUCGAGAUUAUAUCCACCAAGGCAAGAAACUGCCAUCAGAAAUCCUUCCACUUCUUUCGCUUUUAUUGGAAAAAGGAGCGGCGCUCACCGCAUUUGAGUUCAAGUAUGGAACUGCACCCUCACGGAUCGAGGCGCCAUCAUUUGACUUGUUGUUAAAAGAGGAUGAGAAGAAGUCAGACGGUGAUGAAAUUGACUUUGGAGAUGAUGAUAUUGAUUUUGGUGACGAUAUAGAAGUCGACACUUCUGCGAUUGUUGCCGAUAUCGAUGUCGUGGCCGAUACCAGCGGAGCUAUUGGAGAAUCUGUUGCCCGCGGUGAAGACGCUCUUGGUGUGGUCGAAAAUCCGGACACUCAGAAGAUUAUCAAGAAUGAGCUGAGCGAGUGUCUUUGUUUUUCGGUAUCUCUGUGUAGCGGUGUCGCAUUGAAUGUUGAGUAUCUUAUUAAACAAGGACUUUUAUUGAAUGAGAGCUAUUUAUUUCAGCUGUUAGCUUUCCUGACUAUGCGAAAGGAAGAUGAAGAGCGGGAGACAUCCUCAGAUAUGUUCAUCAGAGGUUUUGAAAAAAGGCCUGCUGAAGUGGGCAAGGUGUCCCUUGCUCAGCUUGGAGACUGGAUCAGCAAGAUAAACUCGAUUCUUAGCCAAUUAUCGGAUCAACAGAAAAUCCACCUUUUCCGGAUUAGAUCUUCGCCGCAGUAUGUUUCUCUGGAAGGAGCAUUUGUUGAAAAGCUUGUUGAAGAAAUUGAAGCAAAGCGAGGACUAGAGGGUCGAUAUAAAAAAAUGGCUGCGCUGAUGGUUGAGAAACAAAAAGAGGCACAAGAGCAGACUGCUAAAGCUGGUCAAGAGUUGCAGACUGUUAUCGCUUCUACGAAACAGCUCCAGAAGAAGCUUGAAGAGGAAAUCUCGAAAAAGUAUGACGGUCGAAGGGUCAACAUUAUGGGAGGUAUAACUGCAGCUCUUGCCACCCGCUGA